GCUUUGUGGUGCCAUGAUGAAGAAAGUCUUGGAAUUAAUCAUGCUGUUGUUGCUAGUCGUCACGCUGCAUGCUAGGGGAACACGCUACAGCCCACCAGGGAAGCCUGCACUGACCAGCUGUCGUUCUCCCGAAAAAGAGACCUUCACCUGCUGGUGGAAGCCAGGCUCUGAUGGAGGACUGCCCACGACUUACGCCCUGCACUAUCGCAAAGAAAACUCUGAUACAGUGUACGAGUGUCCCGACUACCACACAGCCGGAGAGAACUCCUGCUUCUUUAACAAGAACGACACAUCCAUCUGGGUCAACUACAACAUCACUGUGGUAGCCACCAACAAACUAGGCAGCACCUUCUCCGACCCCGUGGAUAUAGAUGUUGUCUACAUUGUCCAGCCUAAUCCUCCUGAGAAGGUGUCCGUGACUUUAAUGGAAGACAGAGGCAUGCCCUUCCUUCGGGUGUCAUGGGAACCGCCACGUAAGGCUGACACCCGUUCAGGUUGGAUCACUCUCAUUUACGAGAUCCGCAUCAAGUUGGAUGGAGAAAAUGACUGGGAGAUGCAUCCUGCAGGCCAGCAGAAGUUAUUUAACAUUUUUGGACUGCGGUCAGGUGGUACUUACCUCGUUCAGGUGCGCUGUAAGCCUGAUCAUGGCUUUUGGAGUGAAUGGAGUUCCACUUCCUACAUCCGCUUUCCUGACUAUUUCCAGCGGGAAAAGUCAGUGUGGAUCCUCAUAACGGUCUUUUCUGCCUGCAUAUUCCUCAUCCUCACAUGGUUGUUGCAUAUUAACAGCAACAGUCUGAAGCACUGUCUGCUUCCACCAGUCCCUGGUCCUAAAAUCAAAGGAUUUGAUAAACAGCUUCUCAAGGACGGCAAGUCAGAGGAGGUUUUCAAUGCACUGGUGGUGUCUGAUUUCCCCCCAACCACAUCAUCCAACUAUGAGGACUUGCUGGUGGAGUACUUAGAGGUGUACAUCCCUGAGGAGCAGGAGCUGAUGCUGGAGGAAACCAAGGAUCUUCAUGAUGGUUGCCUCAAAUCCGAGGGCUCAACAUCGGACAGUGACUCUGGCCGGGGCAGCUGCGACAGCCACACUCUGCUGAUGGAUAAGUGUGGAGAGGCAAAAGAGAAAAAGAGGCUAACAGAUCAGGAAAGCAGUCGACUGAGGACAGAGAAGCAGAGGCACCAGAAAGACUGGAAGGAAGAGGCACUUGCCUAUGCUCAUGAAGACAUGCUUAGCCCUGACAUGUCCAGUGGGAGGGUGAAGACCUGGCCUUCAGUGUUUUCUCCACUGCCCCAGUACAGCUCAAGCCCACUGGACCAACAGCGCUCACUUGAGAUGGCCAAACAGCACUGCGUUUCCGACAGCCUGUUCCCACCAGGCACCACAUCCUCCUACCUCACCCAACCUGGCCACAGCUCCAAGGAGGCUCUCGGACCCAGCUACUGGGAGUUCAGCUUGAGCACCAAGCAACCUCUCCAUCCCCAGAUGCAGGUCCGCCAGCAGCUCCAGGCCCACAGCGAUAUCAACAUCUCCAGCAUUGGCCGCAAACAGGCACCUGCUGGCCUGCUGUCGCCUGCUCUCCGCUCCACUGAGUACGUCGAAGUUCAGAAGGUCAAUGAGGAUAACACAGUGCUUCUCCAGCCUGUUGUGUCAGGCCGAGGCCAGCAUGAAGGCAACCUGCAGGUUUCUCAGGGAGAGGACUACAGCAAGGUGAAGAGUGUGGACGGUGACAACAUGCUGCUGCUCCAGAGAAAGGUGGAUGUAAUGGAAGAAGAGGUGGACAGGUGCCCUUGUGAGUACCAGGAGACACAUGGAGUGACAGAGAGCUGCUACACAUCGUCUAUCAUCACCACUACCCAGAAGCCUACAGUCUGUAUUCACACUGCAAUGCCGGCCCAGGAAGAAAGGGUCCUUGCUGCGAGUGGUUAUGUUGACACUGCCACCAUGUUCACAAUGCCCACACACUAGGUGCCCUGUAACUGACAGGUCUGGGACUUUUCAAGACCUGUUUUAGACUGGGACAAAAAACAAAAACACUAACUCUGUAUGACUCCUUCAGAAAUGGUUGCAAAGACAAUAUUUUGCUGUCAGAGUUACCACUAUUUAUUUUUUCAUCUUCUUCUCAUUUAAGAGAUGUAUUUUCACUGAACAGUGACACUCUAAUUUUGAGUAUCAAGAUUAAUUUGAUUGAAUGAGUCUGUUCAUUCAGCUUCCUAAACAGUAUGAUUAAUUGUAUAAAUUAUGUGGUACUAUGUGCUGUUAUUAUGAUUAAUCAUAUGUCUGUCAUGAAUCUUUUUUUCCAUCACAGACACAAGUUUCAUGUUAUGAAUAUUUUUUGAUAUUGCUAAUGAAAUAUAUUAAUGUAUACUGGUGUAAUAUCUGUUAAAUGAUUUAUGUAAAAUCAAAAUAGCAGAAAGCUCAAACAUCAAACAUUUUUUAUUUCGUUUCACUUUUUUGUAUGUACGUAUUUUCUCUGCUGCCUCUAGAAGUGGGAAUAUACUUAUCUAUUUUUCAUUCAGAGAUUAUUUUGUGUAUAUAAAGUCAUUACUGGUUUUAUCAGUUAAGUGGAAAUUAAAAAAAGAAAAAUCUACAAAGACAUUUUUUUGGAUGGCAAAGUAGUGUCAUGAUCAUUUGUACAUGAUGCCAUGUGCAAAACAACAAAACAAACCUUAACUAACUCCAUCUCUAUUGUAUAACAGUGAGAAAUUGCUGUGUUUUAUCUUUUUUUUUUUUUUUUUAGCAUGUAUAUCUAUCUAUGUAUAUCUUUAUAAUCAGUCAAUUGCCCAAAUAGGAAAAGUGGAAAGGCCACUCAAUUCUUUUUUGGAAAGCCAUAAAAUGGUGCUCAUAAUAAAUUUACAAUAUUGACUAAUGGGAUGUUGAUUUUUAUUUUUUUUUAUCACUGAAAUUCUAGUGUAAUUUUAAGUGUAUUGAUAAUUACGUGCCAGUUAUUACCUGUGUAUAUUCACAGGUAAACAAAGGGAAAACUGUGCAAGUACAAUGCAAACUCAAACAUUACAGUUGUUUUCUUUUGUUUAUGUAUAUUUAUAGUAAUACAUAUAAUAUAUAAUUAAGAUAAUAUAUAGCUACCCAAAUGAACAUUGACACAUGUUUUUCAUGCCAUAAUUAUUCCUGCUGAGAGAUCACUUUGUAGUUUACUUAAAGUGAUAGGGGACAAAAUCCAAAGCCCUAAAUAUGUACAUAAAAGUUAUUUGAAUUGAAGCCAAUUCGAGAGUUCACCUGUCCAAAUUGGUCAAAUCAAGUAAAUACCAUAAUCCAAAAACAUCAAAUAUAUGAUUUGUUAAGAUCCUUCUACUGCAGCUAAACUCUUUGUGGAGACACAAAGAAGGACUAAAUAAAUUGUAUUGUGGAAGAUAUAUAUUUGCCUGACCCAGGCGACUGAAUCCUCAUACCAUCUUCAGAUAAACUUUUAUCUUUUUAACCUUUAAGCACAUUUGGAUGGGAUCCUCUAAUAGUCACUAUGAAUUAAUGAUUACAGCGGGGCAAAAAAGGUUUCAAUGUUCAUUUGAGCACU